GUACCCUACCGAACUUUCUGUGACAGCUCGCUUACAGAACUCGAAAGUUCUGUAAGUUCUGUGACGGCGCGCCACAGCAGUACCCUAUAGUUCUGUGAGUUCUGUGACAGAACCAGCACCCUACCAAACUUUUCUGUGAGUUCUGUGACAGACCCAGUACCCUACCGAACUUUUCUGUGACAGCUCGCUAAACAGAACUCGAAAGUUCUGUGAGUUCUGUGACGGCUCACCACAAUACCCUAUAGUUCUGUGAGUUCUGUGACAGAUCCAGUACCCUACCGAACUUUUCUGUGAGUUCUGUGACAGACCCAUUACCCACCGAACGUACCCUUACCCUACAGAACCUACCCUUGAAAAUAUUGACGGAUUAGUCGGUACCAUGGCCCCUCCUCCUGUUCCGCGGAGCGUAGCCGGAGGGGGUGCUGCGGGUGCGGAAGGUUUGCCGGAAGCAGGGGGUGCUGCGGGUGCGGAAGGAUUGCCGGAAAAUGUAGUGAUGGGUGGUGGCGGAGAUGAUGACAUGGGGGAUGGUGAGGGUGACGGUGGAGGCAGGGAUGGCGUAGAAGCCGCACGUAAGAAAGCCAGGACAGACAGGCACACGGGGGGCGCAGAUGUGCAGUACGUGCGGCCACCGCAGACAGCAAGGCUCGCAAUGCCGCUUUCAGACGCAUCCAUCGGCAACCUCGAAAAGUUGUCGAAGUUUGUUGAUGCCGGCUACAUCAAGGAGAGCAGCCACAAAGAUUCCACCAAGAAGCACGUGAUGGCCAACAAGCCCAUCGAUGACAAGUUCUGGUCGCAUGUGGAGCGCAUGGCCAGCCUGCUGUCCAGCGGCAUGUUUCCGGCGGAAGACUACCGAGAGCAGCUAGAUGCGAAAGUUGCAAACCUUUUGCGAGACGGAGCACCAUUGUCGGCAGCGGCGGGCGGAGAAGCAGGGGUUGGUGGGUCGCAGGUGGUGGAGACUCCUAGGCCCGCACAGAAAAAGGGCAAGCGCACGGCCAAGGAAGCGAGGGCGGCGGCGAACACGAUGCACGGGAACAUCGUCAACUGCUGGGCCGCAGCAACAAACAAACCGGUGAGUUGGUUGGAGAUUCCGUUUGCAUCCUUUGGCCAUGUUCGUGAAUGA